GCAAACGAAUGGCUGUGAGAAAGGGAGGUUGCCGCUGCUCAGCGUUCUUCAACUGAUUUGGGCGAGCCUUAGUGGAAGGAAGAAAUGGUUCACACUUUAAGCACUUGGCCCUUCAAAAUGGUGCCUCCUCUUCCUGUUGCCUCUGAAAUAGGUUCUUCUAGUGUUACUGAUCUCAACAGGAGAAGAAGGUCGAAAAUGGGUCUUGUUUUUUCCGUUUCUUACAGUACACAAGUUAGUGUUUUUCAAUGUUCAAAAGGUUAUGGGGCAGUGGUCUUUUCUGGACACCCAAGAUUGGAUUUGAGAUAUGGGUUUUUGUUAGGAAGCUCUGAAAUCAAAUUUGUCACCAUUUUUAAACCAAACAAGAGUCCUGUCGGAGGCUUGGCUCCACCCUUGCUGUGGGCAUUGGAGGAGGGAGGUGUUGGAAACGAAUUGGUUGAGGAGCAGAUUGAAUCUACUUGCUGUGGUACUUCGGUUAACGGUGAGUCAGUGGGCGUGACCUCUUUGAAUUUGAAUCAAGUCCAGGACAAUGACUAUGAACAAAAAGUGCAUGGUGAUGACAAUAGUGAGGAGGAUGCAGAGGAAGAGUGUGAUGGGAAGAUUGAUGUUAGAGCGCUUGCCAUGAGAUUACAGACUGUAAAGACUGUGGAGGACAUGGAGCAGAUUCUUAAGGACAAGGGGGACUUGCCCCUUCAGGUGUUUUCGACCAUACUUAGUGGUUUUGGUAAAGAGAAGAGAAUGGAUUCUGCAAUGAUUCUUUUUCAUUGGAUGAAGAAGAGGAAGAUGGAAACUAAUGGCUCUUUUGGCCCCAACCUUUUCAUAUAUAACAGUCUAUUAGGUGUGGUUAAACAAUCUGGACAAUUUGCAGAAAUGGAAUCUAUUUUGAAUGAAAUGGCUCAAGAUGGAAUCACCUAUAAUGUUGUGACAUAUAACACCUUGAUGGCAAUUUAUGUAGAGAAAGGAGAAGGUGACAAAGCUCUAAAUAUGCUUGAGGAAAUCCAGAGAAAUGGCCUUACACUGUCUCCGGUAUCCUAUUCUCAAGCCUUGUUGGCGUACCGGAAAAUGGAAGAUGGCUAUGGAGCUCUAAAUUUCUUUGUUGAGUUUAGAGAAAAAUACCAUCAAGGUAAAACUGGAAAAGAUGGCGAUGGAGAAGAUUGGGAGAAAGAAUUCAUGAAGCUUGAGAAGUUUACAAUCCGUGUUUGCUAUCAAGUAAUGCGCAGUUGGCUAGUCAGUCAUGAUAACUUAAGCAACAAUGUAUUGAAGUUUCUUGUCGAUAUGGAUAGUGCUGGGAUUCCACUGACGCGGGCAGAACUUGAGCGGCUGGUCUGGGCUUGUACCCGCCAAGAUCACUACAUUGUUGUAAAAGAGCUGUACGUACGGAUAAGAGGAACGUACGAUAAGAUCAGCUUGUCUGUCUGCAACCAUGUAAUUUGGUUGAUGGGGAAAGCAAAGAAGUGGUGGGCAGCUUUGGAGGUAUAUGAAGAUUUAUUGGACAAAGGGCCGAAGCCAAAUAACUUGUCAUAUGAACUGAUAAUCUCUCACUUCUAUGUUCUUCUCAGUGCAGCCAAGAGGAAAGGAAUUUGGAGAUGGGGUGUCCAGUUAUUAAACAAGAUGGAAGAUAAAGGCCUAAAACCUGGAAGUAAAGAAUGGAAUGCGGUGCUUGUGGCCUGUUCUAAGGCUUCAGAAACUACUGCAGCUGUGCAAAUAUUUAAGAGAAUGGUGGAAAAUGGUGAAAAACCAACUAUAAUUUCAUACGGGGCUUUAUUGAGUGCUCUUGAAAAGGGAAAACUCUAUGAUGAGGCCCUCCUUGUGUGGAACCAUAUGGUCAAGGUUGGGGUCGAACCAAAUGCAUAUAUCUACACAAUUAUGGCUUCGGUUUAUACCGCACAAGGAAAUUUUAAUAGAGUUGAUGCCAUCAUUCAGGAGAUGGUAACAUUAAAGAUUGAGGUAACAGUAGUGACAUACAAUGCAAUAAUUACUGGUUGUGCACGGAAUGGUAUGAGUAGUGCAGCAUAUGAAUGGUUUCACCGAAUGAAAGUUCAGAACAUCUCCCCCGAUGAGAUAACUUAUGAAAUGCUGAUUGAGGCUCUUGCAAAUGAUGGAAAGCCAAGGUUGGCAUAUCAAUUAUAUGUGAGAGCUAAGAAUGAAGGCCUAGUCCUCUCUUCAAAAGCUUAUGAUGCAGUUGUACAAUCCUCUCAGGCUUUUGGUGGAACCAUUGAUUUAGGUGUUUUAGGACCUCGUCCUGAAGAUAAAAAAAAGAAAGUGCAAAUUAGGAAAACAUUGACUGAAUUCUACAACUUGGCUGGUGUUCCCCGGAGAAGUAAAUCAUUUGAUAGAAGUGAAACUUAUCACUCACCUACACAAGAAAGUCCAUAAGUAAUUUAAUACAUUGAAAUUAGCAUAGUCAAAUAAUAUUUUGUUACCUCUGUACAUUCUGGUCCAUCAUCGCUUGAGGCUUUUGUAUCCUUAGCCCGAGAAGGAAAAAAUCACAGUCAAUGUUUUCUUUUACUUUUAUAAGAAAAAUAGAGACGUAACCCUUUUUGCGGAACUAUUGUUGGUAUUCUGCUCAAAUAUUUGGAAGGAGAGUUUGAUCCUUUUAGAAAAUUAUUCUUUUCCCUGAGCAUUUUCUUACUUGGGCAUUAAAAUAGAAAAAAUUGUUUAAAAGUGGUGAUAGGAUGCUUGUCUUGCAUCUUCUUAAAUUUUGUAAUCAUAAGAUAAUAAUUGAGUCCUGUAUUUAGUAUUUAAUUUUGUAACUGACUUAAAGUUUACAUUUACACAUUCUUUUAUGAUGGCUUGUUCAAUAAUUGUUUUUAGUACUACUACUACCUCAGUUCCUAAUUAUUUGUCCAGACAGAGAGAAGAUAAUCUUUGCUAGUUUUUCCAAUUGGUGCUAUUAUACUUUUCUAUCAUGAAAAGCAAAAGAUUUUUUAGUAGAAUCAUGUUUUCCACACUUUCUUUUCUUCUGAUUCGUUAGCUCCAAUUCCAGUUUCUUGCAGUUGCCCAAUGUUUUAGUUUCUCACUGCUCUAGUCAGAAAUUAUGUCAAUUCUCUGUUUCCAGUUAUCCAUUUACUCUGACUCUUAAAUAUACCAUAAAUUUUGCUUGAUUGCUACUGGUAUUGCUAUCUAAUCUUGCUAUAACUGAUUGUUUCCUUGAACUUUUCUCAUGACAAAUCCACUUCAGUUUCAUCUCCUAUAUUUCCUGAUUUAGGCAAAUUGCAUUUAUUCUAUUCUGAAUUAAAUCACCUUUUUUUUCUUGCUCUUAUGUAUUUUGUAUGGUAAAGAUUAUUGAAAAUUUAUUUAGAAUUGGAUUGCAUUUAUUCUAUUUUGAAUUAAAUUACUUUUUUUUCUUGCUCUUAUGUAUUUUGUAUGGUAGGUUGCAUCCUUUGUAUUGAUGGUGUUGAAAAUUAUUGAAUUUAUUUAGAAUUGGAUGUUUUAAGCGCCACAAACACAAAUAUAUGUAUAUUUCGGAGAUAGUUUUCUAUAUAAAUUAUGUCUGUUUCUGUUAAACAUAUUUGAGAAACUCUCUUCCUUGCCAAUUUUUUCAAAAAUUAUGACACAACAAAUAUAAUUUUUAUGCUUAAUUUAUCAUUAAAAUUUAAUAUUAUUUAUGAAUUAUUUUUUCAUAAAUUAGAUGAAAAUAUACGAAUGUUCAUAAAUAUAAUAUAAUUCUCAAAAUUAAAAAUAUAAAUUGAAUAUAAAUAUUUUUAGAAAUUCUCAUUUUAAGACCAUGAGCUAAAAUAAGUAAAAAUAUUGCAACUAUUUCUUCUAUGCUUAUAUGAUAAAUAUUAUGUAGUCCUCCUCUUUCACGUAAAAUGUUAUAAAGCUCAAAAAACUUGAUUAGUGAAACAUAAUUAAUUAUAACAAUUUUUAUAUCACGUAAAAUGUUAUAAAACUCAAAAAACUUGGUUAGUAAAACAUAAUUGAUUAUAACAAUUUUUAUCAGUCUCAUGAUAUAAUCGCCUUAAAACUAUACUUUCUAGUGUGUUUUUAUCACUCUAUUGCAUAUAACAUUAAUUUUCUCUUUUUUGUUUCCCUUAUACUCUCAAUAGUUCUUGAAUUAAUUUCUAAUAUUUCCUCCAACAUCUAACAAUUCAAGAAAAGUAUUAAACAAUUUAUUAUACAAGUAACAUAAACAAUACAAUUUGUGGUAAGUGUAAAAAAUGUAGAAUAACAAUAUAAUAUAGUUUGCAGUAAGUGCAGAAUAGUAAUACGACACAGUAAAGUAGACAUAUU